AUGUCCCCUUCCUCCCCCUUCCCUGGCCCCAACUCCCAUGGCCUCCUACACCCUUCUACCCUCCUACUCCCCCCCCACAUUCCCUGGCCUCCUACACCCUUCUACCCUCCUACUCCCCUGCCCCCCCCACAUUCCCUGGCCUCCUCCACCCUUCUACCCCCUCCUCCUCCCCUGGCCCCCUACUCCCCCCACAUUCCCUGGCCUCCUACACCCUCUACCCUCCCCCUCCCCUGGCCCCCUACUCCCCCACAUUCCCUGGCCUCCUACACCCUUCUACCCUCCCCCUCCCCUGGCCCCCUACUCCCCCACAUUCCCUGGCCUCCUACACCCUUCUACCCUCCUCCUCCCCUGGCCCCCUACUCCCCCACAUUCCCUGGCCUCCUACACCCUUCUACCCUCCUACCCCCUGCCCCCCCCAUUCCCUGGCCUUCUACACCCUUCUACCCUCCUCCUCCCCUGGCCCCCUACUCCCCACAUGCCCUGGCCUCCUACACCCUUCUACCCUCCCCUCCCCUGGCCCCCUACUCCCCCACAUUCCCUGGCCUCCUACACCCUUCUACCCUCCUCCUCCCCUGGCCCCCUACUCCCCCCACAUUCCCUGGCCUCCUACACCCUUCUACCCUCCUCCUCCCCUGGCCCCCUACUCCCCCACAUUCCCUGGCCUCCUACACCCUCCUACCCUCCUCCUCCCCUGGCCCCCUACUCCCCCCACAUUCCCUGGCCUCCUACACCCUUCUACCCUCCUCCUCCCCUGGCCCCCUACUCCCCCCACAUUCCCUGGCCUCCUACACCCUUCUACCCUCCUCCUCCCCUGGCCCCCUACUCCCCCCACAUUCCCUGGCCUCCUACACCCUCAUACCCUUCUACUCCCCUGGCCCCCUACUCCCCCCACAUUCCCUGGCCUCCUACACCCUCAUACCCUUCUACUCCCCAUACCCUGUGUCCCCUUUCUGA